AUGCUUGAUAUUCUCGCUGCUGAACCACGAGAGGAGCUAGGCACAGUUAGGCAGGUGAGGUUUGGGGUAGGCCCUGUUCUGAGACCUCCUCAAACCUGCCCCGGUCCCAGGCCCUGUUCUGAGACCUCCUCAAACCUGCCCCGGUCCCAGGCCCUGUUCUGGGACCUCCUCAAACCUGCCCCGGUCCCAGGCCCUGUUCUGGGACCUCCUCAAACCUGCCCCGGUCCCAGACCCUGUUCUGGGACCUCCUCAAACCUGCCCCGGUCCCUGGCCCUGUUCUGGGACCUCCUCAAACCUGCCCCGGUCCCAGGCCCUGUUCUGGGACCUCCUCAAACCUGCCCCGGCCCUGUUCUGGGACCUCCUCAAACCUGCCCCGGUCCCAGGCCCUGUUCUGAGACCUCCUCAAACCUGCCCCGGUCCCAGGCCCUGUUCUGGGACCUCCUCAAACCUGCCCCGGUCCCAGGCCCUGUUCUGGGACCUCCUCAAACCUGCCCCGGUCCCAGGCCCUGUUCUGGGACCUCCUCAAACCUGCCCCGGUCCCAGGCCCUGUUCUGGGACCUCCUCAAACCUGCCCCGGUCCCAGGCCCUGUUCUGGGACCUCCUCACACCUGCCCCGGUCCCAGGCCCGGUUCUGGGACCUCCCCACACCUGCCCCGGUCCCAGGACCUGUUCUGGGACCUCCCCACACCUGCCCCGGUCCCAGACCCUGUUCUGGGACGUCCCACAUCAGCAGAAGUCUGUGCUCUGAGCCAGCUGAGCUCCAAGGGGGGCAGAGGUACUGUGAGCAGGAGGAAGAGAGAGGAAGAGGAGGAGGAGGAAGAGGAGAAAGGACAAGGAGAGAAGACAAGGACGAGGAGGAAGAGGAGGAAGAGAGAGGAAGACAAGGAGAGAGGAGGAGGACGAGGAGAGAAGAGGAAAGAGGACAAGGAGGACAAGGGGGAGAGAGGAGGAGGACGAGGAGAGAAGAGGAGAGAGGACAAGGAGAGGACAAGGGGGAGAGAGGAGGAGGACGAGGAGAGAGGACAAGGAAGAGGAAGAGGAAGGAGAGAGAGGAAGACAAGGAGAGAGCAGGAGGACGAGGAGAGAAGAGGAGAGAGGACAAGGAGAGGACAAGGGGGAGAGAGGAGGAGGACGAGGAGAGAGGAGGAGAGAGGAGGAGGACGAGGAGAGAAGAGGAGAGAGGACAAGGAGAGGACAAGGGGGAGAGAGGAGGAGGACGAGGAGAGAGAGGAGAGAGGACAAGGAGAGGACAAGGGGGAGAGAGGAGGAGGACGAGGAGAGAGGACAAGGAAGAGGAGGAAGAGAGAGGAAGAGGAGGAGAGAGGAGGAGGACAAGGAGGAAGAGGAAGAAGAGCGAGAAGGAGAAGAGAGGAUGAGGAAGAAGAGAGAGGAAGACAAGGAGAGAGGAGGAGAGAGAAGGACAAGGACAAGGAAGAGGAAGGAGAGAGAGAGGAUAGAUAG